ACUGUUUGACAUUUUGAAGGGGCUCCUCUCCGGAGUGUUUGAACAGGAAGGCGGACAUGUUGACUAGCCUGUGGGACAAAAUCGGGGCAUCGUCUGCAGCUUUCCCCACAUCGGUGACUAAAAACACAUCGGAAUUCAGCUCGUGCCCGAGCUGGAUCGGAGGGAUCACGUCGCUGGGACCAGGAUACGAUUGACAUUCGUUGACAGCGGUGGCGGAGUGUUUAUUUAGUUUCUAACCGUUAAAAGACUUCCUCGACAUUUGGAAAGAAGCAGAAGUUCCCCCCCCCCCUUUCCCCAACACUUCUUCUUUUGAGCUGUCACGUUAGUUUUUGUCGCCCUCUCUUGCGAGGACCCGGCACGGACAUGGGAACGGGCCCGGACUAACUCCGCCGAUGUUUUAAAUGCAUUUGCUGUUGUUCGGAUGCAGCGACUUUUGAAGUCCUUCUCCGCUGUUGGCAUCCUGCGGAGGCUGACUAAUCUUCGACGGUCGCGCUGCUCCUGAAAGUUGUUUGCCAGCCACAUUUGGAGGGGGACUCUACUGUACUGUAUAAAACAUGUGGCUUUUGUACAUCCAACUGAACCUCAAACGUUUUAUCUCGUGUGCAAGAUCGAGGAGAACGAUGUAUUGUCUUUAAAAGUUCCCCCAAGAACGACAAAAAACCAAACGGACAUCGGGCUAGCGAGCUAGCGAGGUAUCGCUGGCGGCUAACGCUAGCUCGCCACUCAGUUUGCCUCCCUCUUUUUUUAUUCCCUUGAAAACAACAUACGAGGGGACUUCAUUCCACGUUAAAAAUGUCUUCCGGGGAAAGUAUGGAGGCUCGGUUUGGAAAAAUCGACGCUAUGUUGAAGGACCCCAAGUCGGAGAUCAACACGGAUUGUCUCCUGGACGGCCUAGAUGCGCUGGUGUACGACCUGGACUUUCCUGCCCUGAGGAAAAACAAGAGCAUUGACAACUUCUUGAAUAGAUAUAAGGAUACCAUUAGUAAAAUCCGUGACCUACGGAUGAAAGCGGAAGACUAUGAGGUGGUCAAAGUCAUUGGGAGAGGUGCAUUCGGGGAGGUGCAGCUGGUGAGGCACAAAGCCACAUGCAAAGUGUAUGCCAUGAAGUUGCUGAGCAAGUUUGAGAUGAUCAAAAGGUCAGACUCUGCUUUCUUUUGGGAGGAGAGGGACAUCAUGGCUUUUGCCAACAGCUCCUGGGUGGUGCAGCUUUUCUUCGCGUUCCAAGAUGACCGCUACCUCUACAUGGUGAUGGAAUACAUGCCCGGUGGGGACUUGGUCAACCUGAUGAGCAAUUACGACGUCCCGGAGAAGUGGGCUCGCUUUUAUACAGCUGAGGUGGUGCUGGCGCUGGAUGGUAUCCAUGCCAUGGGCUUCAUUCAUAGGGAUGUGAAGCCUGACAAUAUGUUGUUGGAUAAAGCCGGCCACUUGAAACUGGCAGAUUUUGGCACCUGCAUGAAAAUGAACAAGGAUGGUAUGGUACGAUGCGACACGGCGGUAGGAACACCAGACUACAUUUCGCCUGAGGUACUGAAAUCCCAAGGAGGAGAUGGCUACUAUGGCAGGGAGUGCGACUGGUGGUCGGUGGGAGUGUUCCUGUAUGAAAUGCUAGUUGGCGACACGCCGUUUUACGCAGACUCUCUGGUCGGCACCUACAGCAAAAUAAUGAACCACAAAAAUGCACUGACCUUCCCCGAUGACAGCGACAUCUCCAAUGAUGCCAAGAACCUUAUUUGUGCCUUCCUGACGGACAGGGAGGUCCGCCUAGGCCGGAACGGUGUGGAUGAGAUCAAGAGGCACCCUUUCUUCAAGAAUGAUCAGUGGACGUGGGAGAACAUCAGAGACACGGCUGCCCCAGUGGUGCCCGAGCUGAGCAGUGAUGUUGACACCAGUAACUUUGAUGACAUAGAAGAGGACCGUGGCGAAGAAGAGACUUUUCCAAUACCAAAGGCCUUUGUGGGCAACCAGCUGCCCUUUGUGGGCUUCACUUACUACAGCAAUCAGCAUCCUCUGCGCAGCUCCACUUCUGCCUCAAAGGCAAGUGACAAACGUAGCAGCUCCACAAAGGAGGACAAAAGUCAUUUGGAGAACCUGCAGAAAAGAGUCUACCAGCUGGAAGAGCAGCUCCACAGUGAGAUGCAGCUGAAGGAUGAGUUGGAGCAAAAAUGCAGGACCACAAACACCAAGAUUGAAAAGAUCAUGAAAGAACUGGAUGAGGAGGCCAACUUGAGGAAGAGUGUGGAGACGAGUAUGUCCCUGCUUGAGAAGGAUAAGAUUAUGCUGCAGCAUCGAUUUACAGAGUCCCAAAGGAAAGCCGACCAGGAGGCAGAGAAGAGACGCAAUCUGGAGAACGAGGUGUCGACUCUGAAGGAGCAACUUGAAGACAUGAGGAAGAUUAGCCAGAACUCGCAGGCCUCAAACGACAAGAUUGCCCAGCUUCAGAGUCAGCUGGAGGAGGCUAAUGACCUCCUGCGUGCCGAGUCAGACACGGCGGCGAGGCUGCGGAAGAAUCACACAGAGGUGGCCAAGUCCAUGAGCCAGCUGGAAAGCUUGAACCGCGAGCUGCAGGAGAGGAGCCGCGCCGCAGACGGCGAGAAGGCCCAGUUGGAGAAGGAACUCCUGCUACUCCAGAGCACCUUGGACUCGGAGAGGAGGAACUACAGCCAAGACUCGGAGGAGAUCCGUGAGCUGCAGGCGAGGAUGCUGGGGUUGCAGGAGGACAACAAAAACUUGAAACUCACUGUCUCCAAAGUUGAGACGGAGCGCAAACAGGCCCAGGAGAGAAGCAAUAACUUGGAGAAGGAUAAGAACAACCUAGAGAUAGACCUGAACUACAAACUGAAGACCCUGCAACAGCGACUGGAGCAGGAGCAGACUGAACACCGGGUGACACGUGCACAACUGACUGACAAAUAUGAGUCCAUCGAGGAGGCCAAAUCGGCCGCUAUGAACGCUGUUCAGGUGAAGAUGUCGGAGGAGAACGGGGCGAGGAUGCGAGCGGAAAGCCGGGUGGUGGAGGUGGAGAAGCAGUGCUCCAUGCUGGAGUUUGACCUCAAGCAGUCGGUGCAGAAAAUGGAGCAGCUGAUGAAGCAGAAGGAAAGGCUAGAGGAUGAUGUAAAGAAUCUACGGAUACAGGCGGAACAGGAGUCGAGCAAGCGCGUGCUGGCUCAGAAUGAGCUGAAGAGCCGGCUACAGGAGGUAGAUCGGCUGCGCUGUUCUGAGAAGCAGCUCAAGCAGGAGAUCAACACGGCGCUGGAGAGCAAACGCUCUUUGGAGUUUCAACUUGCGCAGCUGACAAAGCAAUACAGAGGCAAUGAAGGACAGAUGAGGGAACUUCAGGACCAGCUCGAGGCCGAACAGUAUUUUUCUACGCUUUACAAAACUCAGGUCAAAGAGCUCAAGGAGGAAAUAGAAGAAAGGAACCGGCAGGUCCAAGAAGCUCAUAAAAAGGUGCAGGAGCUGAUAAGUGAAAGGGAGUCCCUGUCUGCCCAGUUGGAUCUGACAGAGACAAAGGCGGAGUCGGAGCAGCUGGCGCGAGCGCUGCAGGAAGAGCAGUACUUUGAGCUCAGCCAAGAAAGCAAAAAGACCGUCACGAGACACAAGCAGGAACUCAUCGAUAAGGAUGCCACGAUCGCACGACUUGAGGAGUCCUGUAAAACUCUGACCAAAGAUGUGGAGGGUCUCGCCAAAGACAAGGCAGAGUUGAGCGAGAAGCUCAGCACUCAGGAGGAAGAGUAUGCCGCUCAGAAGGAGGAGAUUACAAAUGCAAUCAAGGCCAACUAUGAGAAGGUCCUCCACACAGAGCGUACGCUGAAGACGCAGGCGGUGAACAAGCUGGCAGAGAUCAUGAACCGCAAGGACAUGAAGCUAGACCAGAAAAAGAAGGGCAGCACGGCCGACCUGCGUAAGAAGGAGAAGGAGAACCGCAAGCUGCAGCUGGAACUCAACCAGGAGAAGGAGAAGUUCAACCACAUGGCCAUCAAGUAUCAGAAGGAGCUGAGUGAGAUGCAGGCACAACUGGCCGAGGAGUGCACGUACCGCAACGAGCUACAGAUGCAGCUAGAUAGCAAGGAGAGCGACAUCGAGCAGCUGCGCGAGAAGCUGAACGACCUGCAGCAGCGCAUGGACAACUCCAGCAUCACAAGCUUGCUGACGGACGAAACGGACAGCAACAUUGUGGAAUCCAGACUGGAGGGCUGGUUGUCUAUUCCUAACCGCACAAAUAUCAAGCGAUACGGAUGGAAGAAGCAGUAUGUUGUGGUGAGCAGCAAGAAGAUUUUGUUUUACAAUGAUGAGCAAGAUAAGGAGCAGUCCAACCCUUCCAUGGUACUAGAUAUCGACAAACUUUUUCACGUGAGACCAGUGACACAAGGAGACGUGUACCGGGCCGAGACUGAAGAGAUUCCAAGAAUAUUCCAAAUUCUGUACGCCAACGAGGGCGAGUGCCGGAAAGAGGCCGACAUGGAGACGGUCCCUCAGGGUGACAGGAACUGCCUGCCACACAAGGGCCAUGAGUUCAUCCCCACCUUGUACCACUUCCCCUCCAACUGUGAGGCGUGUUCCAAGCCGCUGUGGCACGUCUUCAAGCCGCCGCCGGCGCUCGAGUGCCGUCGAUGCCACGUCAAGUGCCACAAGGACCACCUGGACAAGAAGGAGGAUGUCAUCGCCCCUUGCAAAGUAAACUACGACGUGACCUCAGCCCGGGACAUGCUCUUGUUGGCGCUGACCCAAGAUGAGCAGAAGAAGUGGAUCGGCCAUCUUGUGAAGAAAAUACCUAAAACCCCACCGACCACGUUUUCCAGAGCUUCACCUCGCUCCAUGUCCACUCGUCCUGGACCCAACCAGUCCUUCCGCAAAAACCCUAAAAGCAGUUCGACAAAACUGAGCCGAGCGCAGUCCAACCUCCAUGCGGCAGACGCAACAUCCAGCACUUGUUGACAGGAGAUGCUUCGCGAAACUAACCGUCUCAACCGUCGGACUUGUUUUUCCCUGGACUAUUCUGUACUUUCCCCUCCUUGUUCAUCUUCAAACAUGGACAAAAUGUUGAUGGUGAUAUUAUUAAACAAGACGUUAUGGACCCGCCGCCCUAUCUACUCUGCAGCUCGUCAUCACCACGUUGCUAAAAGACAAAGGCGUCCUCGGCCCAAAAGCGGGAGGUGACACAUGGAGAUUUCUUUUUAGGGGCUUUUGCCGGGGCAGUGUUGAGUUUUCAGGUACUGUCAUCCAGGUGUUUCAGAUGUGCCAUGAGGGCUUUUAUCUUCAGGGCUGGAAAAAUAGAAGGAAAACAAUUGCCUGACAAGAUCCUUAAAUGCAAGCAGACUUCUGUUUCCGUUGGAUAAAUACGACUGAUGCCUUCAUCUAAUCCUAUCUGGCCUUUUUUCCCCCUUUUUUGAAUUCUUAUUACUCUCCAAGUCAGUUUAUCAGGUUUGGAAAUGAGUAUUGGGACACGAGUAUUAGAUGUAUUGAGUAAGAUCAUUUUAAAUCUAUGCAUUAUUUUAUUAUUAUUCUAAUUAUUUUUAUUGCUCCAAGCCAUGAGGAAACUUCCAUUGUAAUGGCGUAUAGGAGUCUCUCAAACUUCCAUCAUUUUUUUUCUGUUUAUUUGGUACAAUGUCUUUUGUGAUAUAUAUAUUUUUCUGGCUUGUAUUUUUUUUUAUAAUGUAUUGCCUUACAUUGAUUGAUUCCUAGAUAAAUGGUUCAAAAAGGAAAAACAUUAAGUUAACAAAUGUAAAACUGCACUGUUUGAAUUGUACAUUAUUUAAAGAAGACUAAACAGGUGUAGCAUUUGGCCCACCUAGUGCCUUAAUAACCGUUGAAUAUUGAUUUUACUGCCAUAUCUUUUUUUUUCUUCCUCCUCCUUCCAAAACCAGACAAAUGCUUCCAUCUUUCAAUUUUUUUUAUUUUUAAUUUUUUUUUUACUAAAUUAAAUUGCCAUAUGUGGUUUUAUUGCAACUUUUUUUUGUUUGAGUAUGUAGAGGGAUGGGGAAAUUAUUUGAUCCGGCCACAAAACAUUUUAACAAACAAAUGCUUGUAAUAUAUAAUAUUAAUAAACAUUUGUUUAAAUGUCAUAAAUUUAUUGAAAGGGUUCCCCACCGCUGAUAUAAAGUGUAUAUAUUACAUCACCUGUUUUUGAAUGUGUUGCAAUGAAGUUGGCAUGUUAAAAAAAAAAAAAAAGAAUUACAAAAAAUGCGCCCCAUAAUCAACUAAUUUGACAAAUUUUGGGAUCAUGUAGUUAAACUAACACAAAGUGGUCCAGAUCCUGUUAAUCCACCACCAUCUGCAAUGUAAAUAAUGAGAGACAUAUGCAUUAUGGAAUUACCUCUGCAAUCUUUUUUUCUAUAUUUUUAAAUUCCCCCCCCCCCCCCCCCCCCCCCCCCAUUCAGUUGAAAGAAGAAAAAAGCACUGGAACUCUGAUAUACUCUGGUCUUGGAUAAUAGGUUGCAUGGUUUAUUUGCAUUGGAGUCCGCACUGAUGGAUAUGUCAAUAAACAUAUCUUUAUCAUUCA